AUGACAGCCAACAUCGAAAAGCUCCGUGCGGAAUUGAAGGAGUGGGAAAAGGCAUUUGCUGAAGCCAACGGAGGCCGCAAAGCUUCCCGUGAGGAUAUCAAAAACGACCCAAGUAUCGCUGCAAAAUACAAGGCGUAUGCACGCUUGCGGUCUCAGCCCUCGUCGUCGUCGCUCCGGGCCAACCCCGACAAUGGCGCAUCUCCUGGCCACUCCCAGAAAAAGCGCAUUAACCCUUUCGUUGACAAUGACAAGCACGAGCACCACGUCUUUGCUACUCCGCGAAAAGUCGCUAAACACACAUCGUCGACUCCAAAGCAUCCGUCUCAGCUCGACUCGUACGAAACCACCUCGGACAUCAAAAAACUACUCAGCCCGGGCGGCCCCUACACGUCUCCAGCUCCUCUUCGCACAGCAAUCGGACCUACCCCCCAGCGCGAUGGAAAGGUACUUGGGCUCUUCGAUCUGCUAUCCCCCUCGGCUUCGAGCACCGCUACACCUUCCAAACGAAAGCCGUUUGAGCCAGCGGACGGGACGCAUACGCCGUCCCGUGCUAGAGGGAUGGUAACUCCCAGUCGACGCGAUGGGUCUGCUCUCCGUCCACGGCGACACUCCUUGACGCCCGCAUCGUCAGCGAAGAAAUUCUUUCUUUCAAAGUACUGUGCCACUCCAACUACAAUGCGAUUUGCCCCUAUUACAGAGGCAGAUGAUGAAAACGACGACAAGAAUGCCGACAGUGAACGGAUCGAUACGCUUCUUUCCGAACAGAGUCCAGUUCGGCAACGGCCAGAACCUGAAACGCCAACGUUCCUGCGACGGAGGAACGUGUUGUUCGCGCAGCCGGCUAACCACGCGAGAAGCAAAACUGGGGCUGCCAGUCCCGUCGCUGUCCGGAUGCCGCAGAGGAUAUUCGGCAGAGGUUUAAGUCAACUUGUUCGGGACCUACAUGACCUCGGCGAAGAGAUGUCGAACGCCGAAAUGGAAGACGACAUGGAGGCACUCCGCGAAGCUGAAGCUACGGAAAGGACUAACGAAGACCGAGGCCUCGUUGAAAACAGCCAGAUUGCCGACAGUCCCUCGAAAGUUCAAAGGCAGUGGAAGAAGAAAGGGCAAAAGAGGACUACUAGGUUGGUUCAUCUACGCCCAGUGCGCGCGAAGCCGCAGCGCGUCCCGGAGCCUGUUAUCCGCGACGAAGAUAGCGAGGAUGAGCUUGAUGCUGUAUCUGAGCCGCAGAUUCCCGUUUCUGCCGGCGGGGACAAUGGGGUUGGUGAAGACGCAGUAAAUAGUACAAGGCCCAAAGGGAAAGACUCAACUCAGAACAAGGAAAAGUUGGGCGGGAACAAAUUAGUUCAAAAAGCGCGGAAGAUAAAAGCUACAGCGCAUGCCAACUAUAGGGCGCUCAAGAUACGGAGUAAGAAUGGGGCCGGCAAAGGACGGUUUGGCCGAAGAAGGUGA